AGUUAUCACCUGAAAUUCAAAAUGCGUUUAUCUAAAUUCCUUAGAGACGCAUGUAAAAACUUCUCGAUUGAUUCUUUGAAGUUAAACGAAUAUUCCGUUUACAAUCCAAGCUGUUUAUCAUUAAAAAGAUUAAUCGAUUUUGGUAUUAUAUUUCUGUAACUCUUAUUUUUUGAAUGAAGUAAACAGUCCUUCUAUUAUUAUGCAGGGAUCAACAGCGGAUGUGAGAAAACAUCUUUCUUCUUUUUAAGGAAAGAACUACCAGUGAGAUUGGCUAAUAUUAUGAAGGAAAUAAACUUACUACCAGAUCAGUUGCUUUUAACUCCCUCAGUUCAAAUAGUGGAAGGAUGGUAUGAACAGAGUUUUCAAGUAAGUUGCAUCUUUCUCUUAAUAAUUAAGUAGUAUAGCCUCCCUCCUUGGAUUUGUUAUUUUAAACCGAAAUACGAAAUACAUGAUGAAAUAUCUAAACAUAGAACUUAGAUAAGAUUUUGUAUUAUUCUCAUCACGACGUGUUGACUGAUAAAAAUUUACAACAGUUCACUUGUUUCUAUAUCUAUAUAUAUAUAUAUAAAGUAUAUAUAUUAGUAUAUAUAUAUAUAUUAUGAAUCGUUAUUUGUUUAUUGUUGUUUUGUUUAUAAAAGUGGAAAUGAUUUUUGAAUCUUCAUAAAGGGAAAUUUUUUUACUCUUAGGAAAUAUUACGAUAUGAGAAGUCUGACCCGAAGGACAGUUCGAUUUUAGAAUAUUUCACUGAAUCUUUGGUGAAAAUUAGGAAUCGUCACCAGUCAGUAGUAGAGACUAUGGCUCAAGGAGUAAUUGAAAUGAAAGAAGAUGAGAAUUACGCAACUGGUCUUUUGGAGAAACAAGUGCAAUACUUUCUUGAUAGAUUCUAUAUGAGCCGUAUUUCUAUCAGAAUGCUAAUCAAUCAGCAUACUUUGCUCUUUGAUCCGGAACGGCAUCAGUCCUCUAAGCAUAUAGGAGCAAUAGACCCAGCUUGUCGUGUUCAAGAUGUUGCUCAAGAUGCAUAUGAGAAUGCUAAAUUUUUGUGUGAACAAUACUACCUAAAUUCUCCAGAUUGUGUAUUUGAGAGUGUUGACCCGUCUGGUAACAAAGAGGGAUCACUGACUGUAACAUAUGUUCCUUCACAUCUCUAUCAUAUUCUCUUUGAACUGUUUAAAAAUGCUUUAAGAGCGGUCGUUGAAACUCAUGGUCAAAAAGACAGUCUACCAGAUAUUAAAGUUAUGAUCUGCAAAGGAAAUGAAGAUUUAACUAUUAAAAUUCAUGAUGAAGGCGGUGGAAUUAGUAGAUCUCAAUUACCUUUGCUAUUUAACUAUAUGUAUUCAACUGCUCCCCGACCUCCAAGUCCAGCCGCUGCAUCAUCGACACCUCUUGCUGGUUAUGGAUAUGGUUUACCAUUAUCCAGAUUGUAUGCUAAGUAUUUCUUGGGGGAUUUACAUUUGUCAUCUGUUGAGGGUUAUGGCACAGAUGCCUACGUGAACAUAAAAGUUUUUCCUGAUGAUGCUAGUGAGCUUUUACCAGUUUAUAAUAAAACCUCUAGUGCGAAGUACCAUACUUCACAAAGUGUUAGUGACUGGUCUGAUCCAAUUCAUAGUAGUGGACUACAUAGCCGAAAUUUUUCUACUCUGUCGAACAGCCGUAAAAGAACACUUAGAAGAAAAUCCUGA